AGAAUUUAAAUUCGUGCUUUCUCUCGUCUUUUCUGCUCAGCCUUCGAUGCCGAUGGAAUUGUUUUUCUAGAGAAAUUGGCUUCACUUCGUUCUGGUCCAAGUAGUUGACCAAAUUCCCAAUCAGCUAAGAUCGUCUCCUCUUAUUCUGUCUAAGGUUCUGUAACUUCACAAGGAUUUGUUGUCUAUACCGUAGCGCAGAACGACUGGUUGAUUCUCUCUUUCUCACUCUCUCUCAACUUGGGUCUGUCUGCGUCGUCUCUUUGGACCCGGGGUACAACUCUUGCACGAAUAUCAUGCUGAGCGCAGAGAUGAGAGGCGCAAGUCAUCUGAGCUUACCACAUUGAUUGAUUGAAAGAUCUGUGGUGGAAAGGAAGACUUUAGAUGCAUGUGGAUUGUCUGCAAAAGGACCAAACUUAUGAAUGAACUGCCGUCCGAACGAUACUCCUUGCCUGAAUAAGAAUCCUUUGGGCAGAUCCACGUCAACGAUGGGUGUUUCAGGGCCUGCGCAUUUUGUGUUCGUUCACGGAGGAGGGUUGGGCGCAUGGACCUGGUUCAGAGUGGUGGAUUUUCUAAGGAAGAAGGGACACAAGGCGACUGCCAUCGACCUCACAAGCUGUGGCAGAGACACUAUCGACCCCAACACAGUGUCUUCGUUUCUGGAUUACAAUCAGCCCCUCGUCGACUUCUUCAAUACCCUCUCCAGCACUGACAAGGUGAUUCUCGUUGGGCACGAUCUUGGAGGAUUGAGCGUCACUUACGCGAUGGAACACUUUCAUCAGAAAAUUCAAGCCGGUGUCUUCCUUGCUGCGAUGAUGCUACCCAGCGGCUUUCCUCUCACUCUAGAGCUGUUUGAGUUGGACCCAGCAGUAGGCCGCCACAUCGAGUACACAUUUGGCGAUGGAAUUAACAAUAUGCCCACCGCGUUGUAUGUCAUGGAGAAAAUGCAACAUCAGGUGUUCUAUCACUUGUGCCCAUCUGAGGAUGUUGUGUUGGCGUCGCUUCUAUCAAAACCCGUGCCCUUGAGAAUGCUGGACGGCUCAUGCAUUGAGUUCACGGAGGAGAGGUAUGGCACGGUCCCAAAGGUGUACAUCAAGACGAUGAAAGACCGAGUGCUGCCUCCCGAUGCUCAAGACGAGGCAUUCUUGUCUGACCCCGCGUGCACGCCCUCAGAAAUCCGGGAGAUUGAAUCCGACCACAGCCCCUUCUUCUCCAAGCCAGUAGAGCUGGUCCAACACCUUGAAGAAAUCGCUUCUAAUUACGCUUAAAUAAAAACUCAACUACUUAGGCCUUGUUUUCAGUUUUAAUCGACCUAUUGACGGUAUGCAUUGUUAGGAAAUUGUAGGAUAAGAAAGUUGCGAAUCAUUUGGGCUAAAGCUUCCCCAUCCGUAGUGAAGCAGUGAAUAACAGUGAAACGGCACAGGCAACUUUUAUCUAGCUUGCUGCUCAUCUCUAUCUCUUAUCUCCAGUGUACACUGUUACCAGCUGCAUUGGAGUUGCAAUACUGAAAUCCCCCCGAAUGUGUGCAAUGCAAGGUUGGCUAAGCCCCCUCCAUCACAGCCAGCUCCAUGUUUCUACAUGUUUCUGAUUGAUUCUA